GAAUACUUCCACAGUGUGGCAUUUCUGAGACUCAGCACUGAUUGGCAAACACACAACGCCGUCUUGGUUUCUGCUCUUUUCGGUCAGCAUGAGUUAUCCACUGGUGAUUCUGCUCUGUGUGGGACUUCUGCACCAGACUGUGGGGGUCAUUCGGAUGGAUAAACUAGCAGACAACAAGAUCUGUGGAGAUGCAGAGUGCUCACAUGUUCUGUCCAUGGCCACAGCCUUGGAUGACUUCAUAGCUCCUGAUUGCAGAUUCAUCAACAUCAGGAGGGGUCAGAUGGUCUAUGUGUAUUCUAAACUCGUACCAGAGGAGGGCGCCGGAGUCUUCUGGUCUGGAAGUGUUUACAGUGAGCGGUACGUGAACCAGAUGGGCAUCAUCGGAUACUUCCCUGCGACUGUGGUGAAGGAGACACAAAAGUUUACACAAGACACGGUUCAGAUUCCCACAGCUGACAUUGACUUCUACUGUGAUUAAGAUGUGAGAGACUGAAGCCUCUUCCUUCUGGAAUCUUGCUUUCAGUGACUCUGUGGCUUCUAUGAAGGAGUGCAGCCAAUUCUUCUCUUGAGCCAGUGUGUCAGACCAUGUCCCAUUACAUCUGUGGUGUUGUCUCCCAUUGAACCCUGGGCACUAUCAGCCCUCUGUCGCCCACAGUCUGACACCUAUCUGUCUUGCUUUGUCUCCACAGACUCACUUUGCUCAAUAAACACUUUUCCAUAUCAA